UAUGAAGAAAGUGAAACGUUCCGUUAACCCGGAUAUUAGCUUGUUUGAUAAAAACUUUAGAUAUUAAUCCGAAAUCAGAUUUGUGAAAUUAAUCAAGUGGACAUCUGAAUGGUACGGGCUAAAUGCAAACUCCCACCUGUGCCUUAACCGCGGCCAGCCCAUAUGGGGUAAUCACAAAAGCACCAUUACGCGUUCGAGUGCGCCCAUCCACAGACGAGCAUGAUCGGUGAUCUGGCUUCGCGAUACUUUCUGGUUUGAGAGCCGACGUACCGCCUUCUGUCAUUCCUACACCCCGCCUAGCCGAGCUCCCUCGCCUCGACAUUACGUUGUCUAUAUCGGAAAGAAUGAGUGACCAAGGACUCUCGGAAGAGGCCGUGGUAGCAGCUUGCAAAGAUGGAAAUCCUAUCACGAAGGACUUCAUGAUGCAGCAGACCAUGCUACGGGUGAAAGAUCCGGUCAAAUCGUUGGACUUCUACACCAGAAUCCUGGGAAUGACGCUACUGCAGAAAUUCGACUUCCCCGCCAUGCGCUUCUCACUCUUCUUCUUGGGCUAUGAGGACAAGAAGGAGAUCCCCUCCGAGGUGAAGGAGAAGACUGCCUGGACCUUCUCCAGGAGAGCCACCAUCGAGCUGACGCAUAACUGGGGUUCUGAGAGUGACGAGAACCAGUCUUAUCACAACGGUAACUCGGAUCCUCGUGGCUUCGGUCAUAUCGGUAUUGCUGUACCUGAUGUCUUUGCUGCCUGCAAAGUGUUUGAAGAGCAGGGGGUCACAUUCGUCAAGAAACCAGAUGAUGGUAAAAUGAAAGGCUUGGCGUUUAUCCAAGACCCUGAUGGUUAUUGGAUUGAAAUCCUGAGUCCCAACAACAUGGUGUCCAUCACCUCCUAGAAACCAGCCAGUGCUCCCCCUCCUCCGCCGUGGUACAAAGUCACACAGCCAGUCUGCUGCUGGCGCUUCCAGUGAGCAGCUAACAUUACUUACAGACACACAAACAAGACUGUGAACCAAGGUGUGCAGUUUGAUGCCGUUUGAUUUAACACCACAUUUCAUAAAAUGGGAAAAUCAGAUCUGACUUUCCAUUGAAAUGAAGUGUUCAAAGUCUUCAACAUUUUCUUUUUGGAUUGAAAUAUAGUAUUGAUCUUGUGAUGCGGUUGCUACUGUGCAAUAAACUUUGCUGUUUCCAAACAA